AUGGAGCUGAAAAAAGGAACGACUGUGAAGACGUACAUUCCGAAAGUUGCAGAGGGUGUCUUCACCGUGAUUUCAACGUUCAAUAGGACUGAUGAAUAUGUCCUGUAUUAUCACAGUGGGAGAAAGACAAUUAGAAUCUUCAGAUCUUCUGAUUGUGAGAUGAUAGCCAAUUAUCGAGUUCCAGCUGAGUUGAGUGCUGUUGACAGCACUUACGAUGGCAAGAGCAUUGUUCUUGGGACUGUCGAUGGGUGUGUAUCUGUGCUGGCUAUUGCUGAUCCGCAGAAACCCGAGAUGAAGGAAUACCUGAGAGCGUUACCCUCUAGAGACGAAACG